AUGGCUUCUGCAUCCCCCACAUCGGCUGCUCCGUUGAAGCAAGAGGCAGCAAGCUUGCAACGACGGCAGCAGCAGCUGCGUGACAGGGACCCACUGGCCGACUUGGCGACGAGCACAGCACCCGAGGAGGAAGACCAGCAACAGAAACGGCAGAAGCCUACAGCGAAGAGUGCACCUCCUCCCAAGCUGCAACCGGUAAACGGGUGGGGAUUGAGGGCGCAGCAGCAGCGGGAAGCGUCAGAUCGCGAAGCCAUGGCGGUGUCGCCAGAGUUAGCCCUUGCGAGACUCUCUGAUGGCCUUCCAUCAUUGGCAGCGUUUCUCGCAGCAGAAGCAGAGCUGGAUGCCGGUGAGGGGCAGCGUGGUGGACCUCCUCGUGUUUCCUCCCUUAAGUCUGAAGAUGGGCCUGCAGGAAACGAAGAGUCUCUGGAGGCGGCAACGGCGUCUCCGUCUUCGGCAGCAGCUCCCUCCCCCGCUUUCUCUUGUGCACCAGCCGAUUCUGCGGCGGCAGCGUCUGCGGGAGCAACAGGGUCGGCAGGCUCAGUUGAGACAUGCUGCGAUGAGUCAGGAGCAGCGUCGGCCACACGGGACGAUGCCACAUCGGGGGGGGGUGCCGCUGCGCCUCCCACCCCGCGUCGACGGCAGCGAGUUGUAGGACCUGAGUUGUAUCUGCGUUGGCAAAUGUUGGCGAAGAAAGUCGAGAGGGUCAAGGGCGUCUGCUACAGCAGCACUCGGCACGAGUGGAUCGCUGUCGGCCCCGUACAGCACGGGAGCAGCGGCAGGAAGAAGAAUGUUUACUUCUCAGUUCCUCGGUACGGCUUCUCGGAGGCGCGACAGCUUGCGGUGGAGUGCAGGAAGAGGCAAGAGGAAAUUCUCGCGGGAGGAGGUGAUAAAACUAUCGACGCCGCUGCCAUUGCAGCGGAGCUGACUGAGAAGUACAAGCAAAGGGCUGGCGCGGCAGCUGCGGCUGCAGCGGCCGCUGGCAUUGCAUCCCCGGAUGCAGACGACAGCGAAGACUUGGAGAGACUCGGCAUUACGUUGGGAGAAGAGACGGACGAGGGCAGCAAGACGGAUACUGAGGAGGCGGCAGCAGCCGACACGGAUAGCAGCAGGGGCCGAACGGGGGGAGGCGGCUCAGGCAGUGCUGGGCAGGGAGCAGGGGUGGCUGGAGGAAGGCCUUACGAGCUGCGCAAGAGGAGACCUACCACGGCGCAUUUGAGCGACGAUGAGGCUACCGACGUAGCCUUUAGGCGCUCCUACACGACACGCGCGCAGCAGCUCCCCCAGCAAGCCAACCCCAGGAAGAGGGGUAGGCCACCACGGGCACGAGGCGUUGCUCCGGCUCACUCCUCCCACGACUUGCAUGCUUUGGAGGAUCCAUUUGCUGCUGCCAGUGCUCAGCACCAGGCAGUGCAUCAUCAGCCUCACAGAGGCGUCCUCGAAGCGGCCCGUAUGGGCGCGGGGGGAAUCUCCAUGAGCGGCAGUGGGAGUGCCAGCCACACCGUGGCUCAGAGCACCAGCAGCGGGAGCAGCAGCAUCAAUAUGCGCUUGUUGGGUGAGGCGCUGGGCAUGGUUCUUCAGGAUCUGCUGCGGCUUUGUUCUUCCCCCUCGGCGCUCAUUGCUGCGGGAGUUCCUCGCGAUGCGGUCGAUCUCUGUGCGCUCAGCUGCCGCUGCAUCGAGGCGAGCCAACGCAGAGUUCGCGCUGCGACGUCUCCACAAGAGCUGGAGGAGUUCGUAUCGCUUUUCAGGGAUUGCAUCAUUCAGCACAGGCUUCCGAGCAGCAGGCGACCCGAACAAAUCCUGCUGUACGUCGAAGCACUCGCUAGGAAGGAGAGCGCUGCAGCAGCUGCUGCUGCUGCAGCGGCUGCUGCUGCUGUUGGUGGUGGCAACAGCGUCUCAUCUGGGGGCACAUCUGCCGCUGCAGGAGGGCACAGGGUGGCUACCCAGCUGCAGCAGCAGCAGCUGGGUAUGCUUCUUCAGCAGAAAGCCUUGAAGAGGGAUUCCCCACCUAUGCGGCCCCUCAAAUCGCCUGCUGCGCAGACGCAGCAGCACCAACAGCGGCUCCAGCAGCUGCAGCUUUUGUCUCUACUGCAGCAGCAGCAACAGCAACACCAGGAAAUGGCCAGGAGGCCGAUAGCAGAAGCUUCCACUUCUCCGCCAGUGGACGCCAUUCUCAGGAAGUAUGUUACGUUUGAAGCUUGGAGGAGGUCCUGCGUCGCGGCCUUGAAUCGGGCUGAGAGCUUUGGUGAUCUGCGGCGUUUGCCGCAACUGCGAGACGCCAUCGUUUACAUCUUAGGGGCUGACUGA